GUUAUGUUUGUGCAGACAAGUUUGAAAUCUCUAGAAUAAUUUAGAAUUGUAUUUUGUAUCGUGUAGUGAUUGCGAUCGUUUUCAUUUGCGAGAUUUGUUUGCUACAAUACACAUUGUUGAUUCAAACAGCACAUGUUAAUAAGAUGUGAGAAUAUAGAAAAACGAGUAGAAGAAUAUUGGAGGAAAGCCUGCAACCUGUGUAAAAAGAAUUUGGAUUAUUGAAUGUGAAUGAUCAUUAUUUUUAUACGAUACACAAUUUCUUAAUUAAAAGGAUAAAUCUUUGUGUUUAUAUUUUAUACUCUUGAAAGAAUAGAGAUUACAUUACAAAACAUAUACUCUAUGCACAAUUUGUUUGAAAAUGUUUCGAAUAAAAACCACAUCACAUCAAGCUGAUUAUUCCACUUAUGGAUGCCAGUCUGAGAGUUCAGUACGAGAGAUAUCCAAACCUGUAAGAAUUACCCAAUUAUUUGGAUCAUGUAAGCAGUCACGAAAUGGUCAAACAAAUUUAACUGGUAAAAUUAGAUUGCCUGAAAGAAUCACUCCUCACUUGAAAAGUGCUUCAAAUCGAAAAGGAAAUGAAACAACCACACAUAUAAAACUGUCUCAUAACAAGAAGAAUGUGCGGCGAAAUUUAAGCUUUACGAAAAUACCAGUUGUCAUGACUAAAACUGAAACAGUAAUAAGAAGCAAAAAUAAUUUAAAUGAUAGUUCGAAAAAAGAAAAUUUACAUUUGUCUACAAGAAAAAGUUUCUUAUUGCCACCGAAUAGCGUAAAGAAUUCAUAUGUUAAGAACAGAGCGAAGCAAACCAAUUUUAUAUUACCUCAAAUAUGUAUCUCAGACUACUCUGUGUGUGACAAUAAGUAUCCUAGAAUAUCCGAGAGAUCAGAAAGUUGUUCAUCUCCUAUGAGAGUUACAAGUUCACAAAUUAAUUCUGUCAUACACGAACAAGUUAACGAAACAAUGAUACAACAUUUAUCAUCGCAAAUGUUUACUGUGCAUGAUCAGUCUGGGAUAGAUAUUUUACAUUCAGAAUGUAUAGACACAAAGAAUGAUGAAUUGGGAAGAAAAAUUGUCAAUAGUUCAAUUAAUGUUGAAGAAAAGAAAUGCUUAUCUAUGACUAAAAACAAUUAUAGAGAAGACCUGCAUCAAUCUGCACGAAAUGUUGAAAUGAUAAAUCAGCCAUGCUUGAAUUUAAACCAUAGCGCUAACAAAAAUGAUGAAUAUGUAACUCUUAAUAAGACACAACUUACAGUUUUGGCAACUAAAUUAGAACAUGACAUUCGCAGAUUAGAAGAAGAUAUAUUGCCGAAUUUGAGAUUUACAUUUACUACUAUUAUGGAUGUAUUAUCUGCGAUAAAUAUAACAAAAAAGGAAAGCGAUAACAAUGAUACCAAGAUUAUGCAGCAAAUGCCUGAAAAUUUAAAUGAUCGUAUAAAAAUAAUGAAUGAUAUAAACACAAAAUCACUAUGUGUGAUCAGCAACAUUAAUACUGAAGAUAAUAUUAAUAUUAAGGAAAAUAUUAAUAAUGAAGAAUCACUAUGUAUGAUCAGCAACAUUAAUACUGAAGAUAAUAUUAAUAUUAAGGAAAAUAUUAAUAAUGAAGAAUCACUAUGUAUGAUCAGCAACAUUAAUACUGAAGAUAAUAUUAAGGAAAAUAUUAAUAAUGAAGAAAGUAUUAAUAUUGAAGACAGUCAUAUUCCAAAAGAAAUUUAUAAAACACCUGAUAUUAAUUUAAUGAAAUUUGUGAAAACAGAUAUAUGUGAAAAGAACAAUUCCAGAAUUCGAUCAUUGUGUCAGUUCGAUCUUAGUUCCGAGAGCAACAAGGAAAAUGAUAGCUUUGUGAAUUUAGAAAAUAUGCUGGAUAUCACAAAUAUAAAGUCUAAUAUGACGAUUGUAUCGCUUAAGAAAAGCACUCCUGUGUUAAAGUACAAAAACAAGAAAGAAGAGAGACCUUUGAAGGAAUAUAUGGCUUUAAAGUCACGUAUGAGCUGUUUGUUAACACCUAACAUUAAACAUUUUAGUUGUUCAAAAGCAAAAAAUGAUAAUUUAUAUUCUGAAAGUAGUGAUGCAAAAGCUUCUUUGUCGGGUAAGAUACUCGCAGAGCUUUAUAAUUUAUAUGAAGACUAGAUACAAUAAUUUUGUGUACAUCAGUCGAUUUUCUCUAUUUUAGAUUAAGAUUAUUUUCUAAGACUAAAGUUUUUUUAAUGUUGAAAAUAAUAAUAUUUUAAAAGAAAUUUGUAAAACUCGUGAUGAAAAUAUUGCACUUGCUGCACAUCAUUAUGUAAUGAAUUUAGAAAAGCAGCAGAAGAGAAGAAUCUUAGAAGAAAAACAACUGUCUUGGAAUGGAUGAAUUUUAGAAAAUAGAGGAAAUCGAUGAGUUGCAAUAUAUACUCAAUAUUUCAUACCUAAUAAAUGUUUUAAUCAUAAGAUGAAACGCGCAAUAAAUAAUCAUUGUAAUAUUUAUUUUAAAAUUGAGAAUUGGUGUAUGUAUAUGUUUUGUUUGCGUGCUGAGCGCGUGCAUGUGCACAUGCCAAGAGACAGGUUUUAUCAAAGAAUUUUUUUACAUAAAUAAAUGAUAUGGAUUAACAAAUAAAAAAUUACUUAUAUAUAUUAUGUAUAGUGUUUUUUAUAAAUAAAUAUAUAUCAAAAAAAU